UUGUCAAAUAUCUACCACGCAUUAGUGAUUUUCAGUAAUUGUUAUAGGAUUAAAGAAUCAUAAUAUCCUAUGAUAUUCUUUUUUUGUCAAGCAAGAUUCUCUAAGAAUUAGUGCUAUUAGCUGUGAGUACUUCUUCUAUCAGACCUAACAGAAAACAACAUGGGGAAAAGGAAAAACAAAAAUCAAGUCCGAAAGAAAAAAGUAACUCUUGUAUUUGAUGAGGCCAAAAGAAAAGACUUUCUAUGUGGUUUUCGUAAAAGAAAAUUGGAGAGAAAAAAGAAAGCACAAGAAGAUUUACAAAGGCUUUUGAAAGAAGAGAAACGACGGAUUAAGCAAGAGAAUAAAGAAUCUUACAAAAAACUAGUUGUUUCCAGUCGUCCUUUACCUGAUAUAGAGCAAUUGCUGAAAGAAGAAUAUGAAGAUGAUGAUGCAGAUGUUAAAGUAAAAAUUGUAGAAUUAUCUUCAGACACAUUACAAAAAAAAGAUCUAGUUAUUGGUGAAAAUAGACCAAAAAUAUUACCUGAAAAAAAGGAAACUAAAAAAAAUGAUCAGUCUGACAAAAAUACAAAUCAUAUUCCUGGUAUGGGAUCUGAUGUGGAGAGUGCUGAGCCAUCCGAUGAAGAAGAAACUCAAACAGAAGGCUUAAAAACUAAAAAAGAGAUAAAGAAAAUGCUUAAAAAACAAGCAACUAAGAAAAUUCAGAAGAGCAAAGUUUUUAAGAUGAAAAGUAAUAUGGAAAGGGUUCAGAACAAGAAAAAAUCUCAGCAAAAGAAAAGGCAUAUGACUGGUAAAAGUGAUCCACGGAAAGCUAAAGGAAAAAAGAAAAUUGGGAGGCGAAAACAAUAAAGAAAUAAAUUAUGCUGAAUAUAUAAUUUUUAUUUCUUAAAAAUUCACACUUAAUGAUGUAGAUAACAUGUUUAAUUAUUAUAAACUUACAGAUGUUAUUUUAGUGC